AUGGAUCUCUAUGACGGAACGUCCGAUCCGAGCCAUCAUCUCAAUAACUUCAGAAGUAGAAUGUACUUGUCCGACGCCUUUGACGCCACUCGUUGCAAAGCCUUCCCGACUACUUUAACUAAGGCUACAAUGAAAUGGUUUGAUAGUCUGUCCCCUAGGUCAGUCACUAGCUUUGACGACCUGGCCAAAAAAAAUUUGACCAGAUUCUUUAUCCAGAAAGACAAAAUGAAGCACAUUCCGAGCCUGCUGGGAGUAAAGCAAGAGGUCGGGAAAACCCUUCGUGACUAUAUGGAAAGGUUCAACAAAACUUACUUGGGAAUUCAGAUUCUACCAACUGAAGCUAUAAUUAUGGGUCUGGUCAAUGACCUUAGAGAGGGGCCAUUUUCUCAGUCAAUAUCUAAGAGAUACCCAACUUCUCUGAACGAAAUUCAUCAAAGGGCAGAAAAAUACAUCAACAUGGAGGAAAAUUCCCGACUCAAAAAACCUCCUUCACGAUCUAACUUGCCCUACUAUCAAACUCGGGACAAAGAAAGGGAACCUAAGAAGAAAGAGGAGAAAAAUGUAGAAAAGCCUCGAAAGUAUCACAAUUACACCCCUCUAAAGGUUUUCCUGGUCGAUGUUUAUCGCGAAAUAUGCCAUACAGAGAAACUCCCGCCUCCUCGUCUGAUUAAGCAUAAGAAAGCUGGAAGUCGGACUGAAUAUUGUGAGUACCAUAAGCUGUACGGGUAUUCCACUAAUAAAUGCUACAACCUAUAA